UGCUCUCAUUCAUCUCCCUCGGUCCAACUUGCUACCGAAGAUUGGUUGCUUCAUUUAAUGAGACAAUAUAGAUGGUGGUCCUAUAUCAUUUGGUAUAGGUGACUAUGGGCUGGGCUAGUCUUUACCGUCCAAUCUGGCCUUGUGGGCCUAUACACAAAGCCCAGACCCUGUGAUAGACUUAGUAGCGUUCAUAUGGUUAUGGUGUGUAAUAAAUGGAACCGGUCUAUCAAGCCAUCAGAUGAGACAGUGCUGAUUGAUUCGAUGAUCUCUGACAAUUAUGGACGGUUUCGAUUAAAGACUAUCUAAACAGACGUUGAAGAUCAGUGGACCCACAAUUAGUGGACCAAAAUUUAAAUACUCCAAAACCUUCCGUGUAAGUGACUCGCGCAGAAUUCAGUAGAAGAGGAAAGUAGAGAGAGAGAGAGAGAGACCAGAGGAGAUCAUUCGGCGUUCUACGCCUUCAAUGGGUUCAAGUGUUGAAGUCCCAGUGUUCGUGGACACUAACUUGGGCACUCGUAUUGCUAUGGCUAUUAGUCCAGACAUUACAGCUUGUGAUUUCAAAAGAGAGGUUGAGAAAGCGCACUUGGAUUGUUUCCCGGAACUUGGAGAGAUCAGGGUAAAUGGAUUAAUGCAGGUGAAGCGGAAAACAUGCUUUUACCACCUGCCUGAGUCGUUGCUCAUUAAGCAUGCUUUCCAGAGUUCAAAAGGGACAUGGUUUCUUCACAUGGAAGCAUAUCCUUGGAGUGCUUCUGAUAAGUUGGGUUUAUGCGAAUGUUUGGCUGCAGAAGUCGGGCAUAAUACUUCUAAUGGUAGUGAUAUUACUGAUUCUCAGGAACCUGAGAACCAUGCAACUUGUACUAGUAAGAAUCACAAAAGGUACAAGAGAAAGAAAACGAGGAAGAAAAUAUUUUCAUGUCCAACUGUUGUCCUCCAUGAGAUUCUAAGAAUUAUCCACCUUUUGAAGAAGAAGAAGAAGAAGAAGAAGAAGAAAAGGAGAAAAGUGAAGAAACAUCACUUCCUAAGUAAUGAAGUUGUUACUGCUGAAGAAAAGUUUGUUUUCUUUGCAUCUACAACUGAAGGUGAGCACACAGAAGAGUGGCAUGCCAGUCCAAUGGUGGAUAACCCUUGUGAGACAUCAUUGGAAACUGUAUCAGUUUCAGGCAUCAUCAAGAAAUACUUUUCAGAUUAUGAUGAGGUGAUUUCAAACUCUGAUGAUACCUCUAGAGCAAUCAAAAAUACACCUGAAGAACAAUUGAUCACCAGAAGAGGCGAUAAUUGCACGAACAUACAAGUUGAUGCGACGGCACAAAUUACAGCCAAAACACGUCCAAGAAUGUUACCUUUUCCAUUGUCCACAGACCCAAGUUCUCAAACCUCAAGGGAUAAGCUGAAGGGAGCUGAAGUUGGGAAACGUCUUCUCGUGGCCUCAAAUAAUCUCAGCAUUUCUGGGAGCAAGCAAAAACCUGUAAUUGCCCUCCACAGAUUUAGAGAUGGUAAAUCGUCAGAGCCCAAAUCUUCAUCUCUCAUUAGAAGAAUAGUCUUUGAGAUCAGCGACAAUGAUGACUGAAGAAUUCUGAGGUGCGUCCCUGGUUGGACUGCUGUGACAGUGCGAUAAAAUGCCUGUGCUCGUGCAGAGAAGGUCGGUCACUGCAGAAAGCCGGCUAUAAAUCUGGAUCGGAAAUGGACAAAUAUAAUGCACUUGUAAGUUUCUAAUGGUGCUUUGUGAGUUCUCUUCGCUAAUAGUUUUUGGCUUUCAUCAAGGUUUGAGCUUGCAAGUCUUUGGUUUGAGAUGCAAUCUUGGAAAAGAGAAGGAUGGAAAGUGUCAGGAAGAUUUUGAAAUUGUCUGUGUAAUUGUCUCGUAUUGAACUUUGAAAAAAGUACCAUAACAAAAGUUAGAUAUGUAAUUCUUUUGGUCUCAAAGACUCAAAGUCCUUCAAUUGUUUUUAUGAAUCUGUAAAACACAUCUCUUUGUUUUUAUUUUUUUCAUUUUCCUUAACAAAUCACCCCUCCCCCAUUUUCGCCUUUCGGGACUUUAACUCUCGAUUUUUCGCUUUGGUAAAGUCCUCCAUUUAUUUUUAGUUGGAUAUAU